AUGGGGCUGCAGGCACAAAGCGUGGCCGGGCAGUGCCGCUUGGCCCAGCUGGAGAGACAGUUUUUGCAGAAAGACGGCUUCUUAUUGCACAACGCCCUGGCUAAAGAUGAGAGCGCUGUGGUUGCCACCAAGAGAGCAGGUGAAGGGCUUGACAAGGUGCCCGAGAGCCCAGAGGUCUCCAUGGAGACCUGUCACCCGGUGUUUCCAUCCGUCACUGGGAGACGUGUGGGUGAACUUUCCGCUUCCUUGUGGCCAGCCGAGCUGCUUCCUGCCUCGACGCCGCUCGCACGUCACCUACUUCUUAAACACCGUUUUACAACCCGGGUUAAAGUUGGGUCCUCGAGAAAGAAUAAGGACGAUGAGAAGAAGCAGCUCAAAGAAGAUGAGGAAGAGGAGCCUGUCAGGCACAAGGAGCUCAGGCUGCGGAACUACGAGCCCGAGGACGAGGAGCUGAAGAAGAGGAAGGUGCCCCAGGCCAAGCCGGCCUCAGUGGAAGACAAGGUGAAGGAGCAGCUGGAGGCCGCCAAGCCGGAGCCCAUCAUCGAUGAGGUGGACCUGGCAAACCUGGCUCCCAGGAAGCCGGACUGGGAUUUAAAGCGGGAUGUAGCCAAGAAGCUGGAAAAGCUGGAGAAGAGGACGCAGAGAGCCAUCGCCGAGCUGAUACGAGAGAGGUUGAAAGGCCAGGAAGAGGAGCUGGCGUCGGCGGUCGGCUCAGCGAAGCAGGACGGAAGCGACUCGGACUGAGGAGCCCCACACGCAGCCUCGGGCUCUGCAGGUCGCCCUUUGCCGGCACCGCCAAACUCCGGGCUCGUUGGGACGUGUUGUCCUGUGGCAGAAGCCCAGGGAGCCCUAAUGUGCCCGAAGGAGAGGGACAGACACUCUGGCUGGCUCAUGAAGAGCAUUUCACAGACACCUCCUUGGGACCAACCUUACUGAUGGGAGCAGGACGCACACCCACAUUAGCUUGAACCUAGACUGGCCUAGACCGAGCAAGGAAAUUGCGAGCAAAAGGGCUGGUGCCAAAGAAGAUGCUGAUGUCCCACGUACAGAGCAGCUGGGCUGGGAGUGACCCUCAGGACCUCUUGUCAUUCCGCUCGGGAAGUGGGCUCCCAUGGCCCAGCUAAUGUGUGGUUUGUUCUGGUCCCA